UAAUAAUAAUAAUAAAUUAUAUAUAUAAUUUGUUCGUUUUAUACUGUAAAAAUAGGUAAGUCAGUUGUAGCGCAUAUUGGUUGGCGAAAACUUACAUACACCCUACACAUCCUACCUGGAAGUUUGCUGUCGUAUUAGAGUAAUACUCUCUCGCAUGAACUCAUAACGAUUUUUAACUGACGAAAAAAAUUAAAAAGUUAAUUCUUACAAUUGACUAGUAAAUAUUCGCAAUGUCGAACUAGUUUGGAGUGUGCUUCGUUCGCAUCAACAAGUCUGUCUAAGCAAAUUCGAAUUCCAACUGUAUACCUUAUUGCUUUAUUUUUUUAAAAAAAAAAGACUUCUCAUAAAAUCCUCAGAAAACAAGAGAAAGAAGAAAAAGUCGAGCAUGCCUGAUAGAACAUCGGUUUCAUCUACCUCUAGUACAUCCUCUAACUGGACUCCUGGAGCUAGGAGAAGCAGUUUAGAAAGUCCCACGAAUAAUUUUCCUUUUCUCAAUCAAGACAUAGAAGACUUAAGGAAAAAGGAAGGAGAGAACACUAGUUUUGAUACCAAUACCUCAUUCGCGAACAGGCCAGAAACACCUGAGCAAAAGGUUCAGCAGCUUCCAUUUAAUGGACAAUGGCCUUUUAAUCGAAGAUCUAGUCAAAGCAGCUCUAUGCUUGCUAUGGAAGACAAGCAUUGGACAAAACAGAAUUCCAAGAAGUCUGGAAAAACAAAACCAUUAUCGGUAAAUCAGCAUUCGAAUAAUGGAGAACAAUCUAGUGAAAAAGGUAGCAAAAGUCAAACGUCUUUGUUGAGUUACUCCCCGCAUAAAAGUCGUAAAGGAAAAGAAGGAUUAGACAUUUCGGCUCUGCAAAAAUCAAUAUACGGGCCUCGCAAUUUUUUAAGGAGUCGGAAGGAUUCAUUUGGGAUAUUCGGUUCCUCCAUUCCUCAAUCCUUAGUAAAUAACCAGAUGAUAAAUGGUUUUGGUGCUGCAUCCCUUGCAUUUGCUAAACUUAGCAAAGUACGGUCACCUUUAGAUUCUAAAUUCAAUACGAACUCAAUGUCAGCGGAUGAUACGUGGUCCAUUUUAGAAUCGGAAGUUUGCACAUUAUAUAACUGGGAAAGCUUACAUUAUACAAUUGAGGACUUGAACGGAAUUUUAGUCCUUCAUCUUCAGUCUUGUGUAAGAGAAAGAACGAUGGAUCUUUUCACUAGUCAUUUAGAUUCGUUGUUUCCAAAAGCUACCAAUAAACUAUCAGAAUCGCUAUUCCCAAUACCGGAGGAAUACUUUUUGUCAAAGCUAUUGGAAAUUUGGCUAUUUUUUCUGUCUUCUAUUCUACCGUAUAUAGAGGGUAUAUUCUUACCUAUAAAAACAAAACUUUUUGACAGUCAGGAAAAAGCAUUACUUCCCUACGAGAUUAAUGAGUAUUGCCAUACAAAUCGAGAAAAGUUUAAUGUUCAAAGACUUAUGCUUACUUCGUUUCGUGAUUACAUGAUUUUGCCGGCUAUUGACCGUAUUCAGAGAAUCAUUCAAAAACAGAGCGAGACGUUAGCAAGCUCAGAACAUCUUCCCGGUGUUUACGCUCGGUUGUUUCAAAUCUUAAGUAUGCUAGCAAGUGUGCACUCAAAUGACCAGCACGAAAAAGAUUUAAUAAAGCUUGCUUCUAAAGUUCGUUCUCUACUUAUUGUUCAUGAAUAAUUGAAUCUCUGUCUCAGGUAUAUAUCAAACUGUUUUCCCAAAGUUAUUUCCUUGUUCAUACCCUUUUAUUUUUUGGAAAAAUACUGACCUUGUUGAUAAUUAUUUUACCAGUACUGUUGGCGAUGUAAUUUUAUGCUGCUAUUGGCUUUUUACUUUUGUAGACUAAUGAAAUAAAUAUAUAUAUAUAAUGUUAUUCUAUAAUAGGAGGGUAAAGCUAACGUCUAAGGAUUUUUUUUGUCUAUGUAUUAACAUCUCGCAUAUUGUG